UUCAGUGGUUAUUGAUUUUAUAUUUACAGUUUCAUGUGGAUUAAUGUGCUGUGCUGAACAAUUGAAUGUAUGGGAACAAUCUUUAGAUCAGGGUUCACGUCAAAAUGCCAUCUUCAGAUAUCCAAUGCCAGCACAAGUGCCUGCACAAACUGACCAAAGUGCGGUAGGCUUUGGAUCCAACAUGUUUCAAAACCUUAUUGAAUCCAGGGCUCCUUGGAGACCUGACCCAGCAUUGGUGAGACCUUCAUCACAAGAGCUACCAAUCCAAGCGCAAUCUCAGAGAACCAACUACGCACCCGUGCCCCUUCAUCCUAGCAUGCGAAGCCAAGUGAAUUUUGGACUGAUAAAACCUGAGCAAACGGUUGAGACUUUCUCACAAACCCAACAGGGACUCCAGAAGCCCGUUCCAGGUCCUGACCUCUUUCCUGACAUCCAUGAUGAGGUGGUUAUGGGGCCAGAUUUCGAACCCAAAGCGCCAGAGCCAGCAAACUCUGUGCAGGUUCAGUGUGGAGAGGUCUCUGUCAAAGUGCAGGUGAAGCAAGAUUUCUUGGGAAACAAUCAGUUCAUCGACCCUUCUGAUCUAAUGCUGGGUGGUUGUCCAUUUGUUGGAUUUGAUGACCAUGCCAGGAUUGUUGCCUUUGAGUCAGCUCUACAAGGAUGUGGAAGCACACUAACGAUGACUGAAGAUUCGCUUGUUUAUUCCUUUGUUUUGGUGUAUUCACCUUCACCUCUUCCUAACACACCCAUUGUGAAGACCAAUGAAGCAAUGGUUGCAAUUCACUGCAUCUACCCAAGGAAACACAAUGUAAGUAGUAAUUCAUUGCAUCCCACUUGGAUUCCCUUUGCUGCAUCGAGAGCUGGCGACGAAUACCUACACUUUUCCCUUAAGAUCAUGAGUGAUGACUGGAGGUAUGAGCGACCCUCUAACGCCUUCUUCCUGGGAGAUUUCAUAAACCUGGAAGUCUCAGUGGUCCGUGGCAAUCACGUUCCCCUGCGGGUGUUUGUGGAAAGCUGCGCCGCUACUUUGGGCCCCAGCGGGGAAGCAAACUCCGUCUACACGUUCAUCGAGAACAGCGGGUGCAUGUUGGAUGCCAAGCUGACAAAUUCCAGAUCCAGGUUCAUGCCCAGGAUACAGGACGACAAGUUACAGUUUCAGAUAGAGGCAUUCAGAUUUAAGCAAGAUUCCCGUGGAUCGAUCUACAUCACUUGUCAUUUAAAGGCUACUACAACAUCCAGUCCCAUUGAUAUGACGAACAAGGCCUGCUCAUUUGUCCAUGAAACAAACGGCUGGACUGCUGCAAACGGAGACGAUCAGGUGUGUGGCUGUUGUGAGACCAGCUGUGCCAUGAGGAAGGCCAGGAGUCUGGACACUGAUGAUUCCACGUUGGAAGACGAGGCUACUAUUGGACCGAUUUUUGUCCAGCAGCUGCUACCACUGGAGAAAGAGCCUUUACUGCAAAUUCAAGAGUCUUAUCAAGAGCCAACAAAAGAUGCAGAGUACUCCAUCGAGUUGGUGCUCAUUACUGUUUUGGUGGUUUCAGUUGGAAUUUUGUGUGUCUUUAUCCUCGGAACGUUGUUUUGCCAAAGACGCCAGAAACUGCAUGCGCUGGCUUGUGAAUGACAAUAAAAGGUGUUUCGUCUAA